CCGCCGCCGCCGCCGCCGCCGCCUGCCCAGCGGCCCGGGAGGCGGAGGCGCGGGGGAGGAGGCCCGGCUUGGCGCCGCAGCCCCGGAUGCUGCAUGACUUCAUCCUUCCGCCGGCUCCCCUGCUGAGCUAGGGCCGGUCCGACCGACAGCCCGCCCGCCGCAGCCCCGCAUCCCCGCGCCCGCCCCCCGCCCGCCAUGUCCGAGAUCCUGCCCUACAGCGAGGACAAGAUGGGCCGCUUCGGCGCCGACCCCGAGGGCUCCGACCUCUCCUUCAGCUGCCGCCUGCAGGACACCAACUCCUUCUUCGCGGGUAACCAGGCCAAGCGCCCCCCCAAGCUGGGCCAGAUAGGCCGAGCCAAGAGAGUGGUGAUCGAGGAUGACCGGAUAGACGACGUGCUGAAGGGAAUGGGCGAGAAGCCGCCGUCCGGAGUGUAGACGCGCCGGCUCGAGCCCAGCCCCGCAGCGGCCAGGAGCGCGGGCCGGCGAUGCGGCUGCCGGCGCCCGCGGGCGGGGGCUGCAGGGCCGCGCCGCCUCGGUCCCCGGGGGGGUGCAGACCCGGCGCCCCCGCCGCCGGCCUCCGGAGCUGUCCGCUUCAGCACCGCGGGGCGGGGAGGGGGCGCGCCCGCCCGGAGCCCGAGCCGCGCGCUCAUGCACUUUAGAGCCUCGGGCCACAGCCCCACCCUGCACCCUCGCACGGCGCGGACGGAUGCGGAGCCCUGGCCCCUCUCCCGCACGGCCCCCACCUGCCCUCCCCUGCCCUCCGGGCCGCUCGGCCAGGGAUGUCGGCUGCGUAUUUGCAUGAGCUUCCCACCCUACUGAGCCCUGCCCUCCAGCCCACCCCGCCUGCCCCUGUCUGCCGUGACCCCAGCCCCAGCCUCUUUCUAAGGGACUUCCUCGCACAUUUGUAUUUUUAUAUCCGACUCUUUGUUUACUGGCUCUCCUCAUGGUUCGCGCCCGCCCCCAGGCCUUCGCCUCCUCGCUUUUCUGCGCCUGGCAGAUGGGGUGGUGUGGCCUGGGGAGGGACAAGCCCCCCACAAGGUAACCAGUCACACAGCCAACCUGCACAGGUUGGCCUCCACCCCACCCCCUAUGGCCCUCGGGCAGAACCCCUUCCUUCAACGUAUCACCCUCCAAAGGGCCCAGGUCUGAUUUUACCGUGGACCCCCUAUGUCCCACCCCUGGAAGCCCAGGUGGGGACUGCUCUGUACCUUUGGAUGACACCUGUGGCCCUGGAGAUGUUCUCAGUCCAGGGGUGUCCUUUGUAAAUGUUCCUCCAUCCUCACUGUACCAGGAGUGUGUGAAUAAACACAGACCGACCUGUG